AUGACCGCCCACGCCGCCGCCGCCGCCGCCGCCGCUGCCGCCAGCGAGGACUACAUCCCGGCGGAGCCGAUCAUCUCCGCGCCGAUCCCGCCGGCCGGCGCCCCCCCGGUCAAGUACGACGCCAUUGUGGCCGGGGCCGGCAUCGCCGGUGCCUCCCUGGCUUACAACCUCGCGCGGGACGGCCGACGCGUCCUCCUCCUGGAGCGGGACCUCCGUGAUCCCGACACCUUCCGCGGGGAGCUCCUCCAGCCGGGUGGCGUGCGCGCCCUCCAGCGCAUGGGCCUCGGCCAGUGCAUCGCCGGCAUCGAUGCGCAGGCCUGCCACGGCUACGUGGUCUACCGGCCCAAGGUGGACCCCAAGUCCUUCGAGUCCCAGAAGAACAUCGUCGACGGGUCGGACACCCACAUUUUCACGCAGAUCCCCUACCCCUCGGACAAGGACCACAUCCCGAACACCCCGGCCACCGGGUACAGCUUCCACCAUGGCCGCCUUGUGGGGAAUCUCCGCCGCCGCGCGGCCGCCCACCCCAACAUCACCAUCGUCGAGGCCAAUGUCGUCGACCUGCUGGAGGAUGGCCCGGCCAUCAUCGGUGUCAAGUACCGCCAGAAGAAUGAAGCCGGCGAGCUUGUCGACGUUAUCGCGCAUGGCGAUCUCAACUUCGACUGCUGCGGCAGCUUCAGUCGCUUCCGCGCCAAGCUCAGCUUCAACAAGCCGGUCUAUCGGUCGCACUUUGCGGCCCUCCUCCUGCGGGAUGUUCCCCUCCCCCUGCCGAACCACGGCAUGGUCAUCAUGUGCAAUUCCAGCCUGGUCCUCUGCUAUGCCAUCUCUCCGAGGGAAUUGCGCAUGCUCAUCGACAUCCCGGACCCGCUGCCCACCCAGUCGGACGAGUCCCUGGCCCGGUAUCUCCUGGCGCACAUCCUUCCCCAGCUGCCGUCCUUCCUGCACGGGCCCUUCCGCGAGCAGGUCAUCCGGUCCGAUGGGUCGCCCAUCCCCAUCCGCUCGGUCCCCUGCCAGCUGCUCACGGCCGGGGCCCUCAUCCGCCCGGGCGUCUUUUGCCUGGGCGACAGUCUGAACAUGCGGCACCCCCUGACCGGCAGCGGCAUGACCGUGGCCUUCACCGAUGUGCUCAUCGUGUCGGACCUGCUCCGGCCGCUGGACACCCUGGCCGACACCGGUCGCGUCAUUCAGGCCCUCAGCUCCUUCUAUGCCACCCGCCGGCGGGUGUCCGCCUCCAUGAACAUCCUGGCCCAGGCGCUGUACGAUGUCUUUUGCGGGGGCGGCGGCGUGCGCCCCUCCGAUGAGGAGCUCCUGCAAUUCCCCCCGGUCAAGGCCCUCAGUAACUGCCCGCUGCCGAUGUUUGCCCCGAGCCUGCGCCCGCUCUUCCCCCCGGGGGCCGAUCUGCCCAACAGCCUGAUGGCCCCGGCCGAGCGCCACAUCCUCCCGAUGGUGGCCCUGCGGAAUGCCUGCUUCCGGUAUGUCAGCCGCGUUGGCACCGACUGCCUCGGCAUCCUCGGCGGCAUCACCCCGAACCCCAUCCGCCUGCUGGUGCACUUCUUCGCCGUGGCCAUCUUCUCCGUGGUGAUGAUUCUCUUCUCCCGGCCCAGCCCCCGGUCCGUGGCCACCGCCUUCUCGGCCUUCAUGGGCGCCUCGAACAUCAUCUUCCCCCUCAUCUGGGACCACAUGUUUGCCACGCACAGCCGCCAGGGUCCGGACGCCCUUGCCCCGGGCCGCCCGGAGAACAAGGCGAAGGCCAUGUGAGACGCGGGAGGAGCGUCACUUUGACGAAUCCCCUCGGACAAGGCGGCGCCACAGUGAGAGACCGAGAGCCGGACACACAGCCGGCCGCCCCCGGGUCCCCAGCCGUGGGCAGCGGGCACUCCCCUCCGCAGCGCUCCCUCCCUCCUGCGCCCCUUUUCCGCGCGCGCCCCUCUUCACAUUUGUGCCCGAGCCACCGCCCUCGCCCAUUUUCUAGCCCUUGAUAUACAGCCGUUGAGCCGCCAAGACACAGGAGGACAGGGAGUAGAAAAAAAAGCCGACAAGCAAAAAUGACCUCUCUCUCUCUCCUGCCUCUCUCCCUCGCUCUCCGGUGCCCCCCCCCCC